AUGCCUGCCGGACGUUCCGCCAAGACUCACCACUGCCCCGGUAUGAAGACGAUGACGGGUAAUUGUCGUAUGGAGGGCAAGGCACCAAACACGGGACUCAAGUACUGCCUCACUCACCAAUACUAUUGCCCCGAUUGCGCUGCUAGUCCAGUCAAGAAGGACUUCACAAUGCUUCGCGCUUCCGAUCCCUGUAACGGAUGUGGAUAUAAACACCCAGAUCACAAGGACAAUGUGAAAGCUCGUCAGGAUGCCGAGAAGAAGGCAAAGGAGACUGCCGCAAAGGCAAAGAUCGAGGAUGGUAAGGCCAAGGUUGCCGCUCAGAAGGCAACUGCGGCUGCCCGGAAAACUGGCAGAUAG